AUGAGGAAACUCUCCAUGUCGUUCUUCUUGGGUUUAUUGUCGUCUACGCACUCCGCAUUUGCAGUUGAUAUAGGAGUGUACUACGAAAGUGUAGGGCUUAAAAUUGAAUUAAGAUGCCCGGCCAGCCAGUUGUUUAUUAGCCAGCAGCUGCAGGAUGUCGCGGCGUAUGCAAAGGAGUUGCAACUCGCUAAGGUCGCCAUACACCCAGUGCCCUACGGCAACACCAAAGAGACACUGACAGAGACGGGACACUACCAAUAUGAGUGCCAGCAUGGGCCUGAGGAGUGCUACCUGAACAGGGUAGAAGCCUGCGGCCUUACAGUACUCAAGGAGGCGCAAAUUGACGUGUGGGCACCCUGGAUAGAUUGUGUUAACAGGAGUGAGCUGGAUGCAGCCAGUCUGAUAAAGGCCGAGGCGCACUUGGCUAAGGCUAUCGCAGCCAGCCAGCUAGCCAUCACGGAGGCGCGCCAUUCAGUAGAAGCAGCAAAAGCUGCAGCAGAAGCAGCAAAACACGGGGCAGUGGGUCCUGCUGCUCGCAACGCAGCUGAUGCAGCAAUGGCAGCAGCAAAGGCUGCAAACGACGCGGCGAUAUCUUCUGCUGAAGUAACUGCAGCAGCAGCAGCAGCAGCAACAGGAGGGAAGAACUCUUGGGUAAUGUGUGAGAUGAACCUCCCCAGCAGCCACGCAAAGAUGCUUGUGUUUGAGAUUCUCGUCUGCAGCCUCACCCCUGCGGGAGAAAGAAUGCAGCACCUUAUGGCUGAACAGACACCGGAGCAUGAACACGUGCCCUGGGUAACCGUAAACCGACAGCACUCGGCUUUAGCAGAAAAGGACCUCCGCUGUGCCAUCUGCACAUCCGCUGCCGGAAAUGAAGAGAGUCUGCGGGAGUUCUGCGCCGGGAAGAAUGGAUGCGACAAGCAGCAGCACCACCAGCAGCAGCUGCAUCUGCAGCAGGAGGGGUCGCAGCAUUCACACGAGCAGGUGAAGCGGCAGCAGCAGCAGCCUCUCUUGGUAACUGACAUGUACCGCAUUGCGUCUCAAGAAGAAGUGUAG